CGGUUUACAGUUAUACUUCACUACGCAAAGAAGCUCCAUCUCAGAAAGGGACUGCCUUCAACAGCACAUUUUCCUGUUUUAUUAAAAAGAGACAAAGUUGAAGAUGAGACUGAUUCUGCUCCUCGUUAUCUCCUGCCUCGCCAUAUACAACGCAAACGGAGCACCACGGACUGCUGUGUAUAAGUUUGUGAAAUGUAGCCCCGAUGGUGACCAGGCCAACUGCGUAACUCAACAAAGCCCAGAGAUGGAGUGGAGUCCAGAUCUGCCAUCCAAACUGCCUGCUUCUGCCGCACAGGAUCUAGAGGCAGAGCCUGUGGAGGAUGAGAGUCCAAUGAUGGAGGAGAACGAUGAGGAAGAGCAGGAAGAGGAAGAAGAGACAGAGGAGGACGAAUCACCACAGAAUGAGUUACCUGUAAUGGACGUGGCUGAGGAAGGAUCUGGUGGUUAUGAAGGCUCUGCAGGUGAAGACACCUACAUCGCGGAUAAGAGCAAUGUUGGUGAGACUGGUUCUGGCAUGUUCUGGACAGAAAGUACAGAUAUGAGUGGCCCGUGGAGGCUGUUCUCCAAAAGUUCUGUCAGAGAUGAGGCCAAACCGGCACAGAAUGAGCUCAAAGAAGACCACCUUCUGCAGCUGUAGAUUGGACCCCCACCCACUCCAAAGCACAUAAAAAAGGCUGGCAUCUAAUUUAAUUCCCUUUCUAGUCUGAUUGUAAAACUCCACCUACUGGAAAAACUGAGAGAUUGGCAAAGGCCAAAUAUAUAUAUAUAUUUUUUGUAUUCUCUGUGCUAUUAUUAUUAUUUUCUUCAUUGCCAAAACAACUGUAAACAGUGUGAAAAUGAAUAUGCCAGUAUUGUGCUUUCCUAUGGAAAAAAAAGCUUUAAAAUGCUUUUUAAACUUAAAUACAAAUAUUCUUUCAAAUCAUUUUAAUACCAGUGCAAUAAAAUAAUGCCUUUGCCCCUUACUCUGGGCAGUUUCAUCCAUUUUUGAAUCUUUAAGGAAUGCGUUCCUUAGAAACACACAAACACUUAUUUAAAUUAUUUGAUCCCUUUAUUCUCAAAUUCUGCAACAUUUGCUUAACCGCAAGUAUAUUAUAACAUGUUUAUGUUUGAAAAAGAUAAUCUUUGAGAUGCAAACCCCUCAGAAAUGGGUUCAGGAAGUCCAAACCUAAGUGAGCUGCAAAGUAUUCAAAAUAUGUACUAUAAACCUACAAGCUCUGCAUUGUAUAAUUUGCAUCUGAAAAUCUUCUAUCAAUAAAGGAUUUAUACUGAGCAGUG